UUGUGUCCAGGUCGACACCUUCAGCUUGUCCCGUGUGUCACAUCUUUAACCGGGUCAGAUUUAUUGUAGCAACCGUCCCUAGCAACGGCCCCUCUCCAUGGCGACGGGCAGCGUCUGAGUGUAGGAAUGCGGGGCUACACGGGUCAAUAUCUUGACUGAAAACACGCCGAGCGGUGAUUAAUCCCCACUUUUAGGACCUUUAUGGACUCUCCUCACCUCGCUGUUCUCAGGUGAAGAUGGGAUGCGGAAACUCCUCGCAAACGACGGUCCGACCGCUGACGGCCGGAGAGCUGAACGGAGACCAGGAUGAGACUGGAAGUAAAGUCGGUGGUCGUGGAGACUCGGCGGUGUCGAAGGGCACCACAGACAGCGGUGUGGUGAUGGAGAACAGAGAGAUCCCACAUUUACCUGGAGAAGUGUCGACACAACUCCCUCCUCCAACAUCUGACACAGUGAGAGACGAUGAGGUGAACAGAAUCGCACAAGACUGCUUACUGAGGCGAGACAGUACGGUACAGGAGCGUCCUAAGUCCAGUGAGAUCCUGGAGGAGCUGCUGAAUCAGGGCAUCAUCCCAGUGGGGCAGAGCAGAGAGAAGAGCAGCGGGGCUCCAGAGGCCUACAGCAUCAUGCUGGAUGACAGGGAGGGGGUCAGACGACGGCCUCCUGCCAGACUGGAAUCUCUGAAGGCCAAAAAGGCUCAAAGUCUCCACAGCAGAGAGGAGAUUGAUGAGAAGAUGAGGCUCGCUGAGGAGAGACGCAAGUCUAGGGAAGACAAACUCAAGACACGUUUAAGGACCAAGUCGGCUCGUGUUCGUGGCCCUGCUCCCAUCUCCAGCGUGGGGGAGGAUGAAGACGCAUCCUUCACCCCUGUGGAGCCUCUAAGGUCACCUCUCAUCCCUGAUGCAGCUCCAACUCCGCCUCAUGAAAGCCAGAUUGAACGUGAAGCAGCAGAAGGGGGAGAGUGGGUGAGACAGGCUGGAAGUGAUGGCAGGGAUGAAAGGAGGGGAGAGGGGGGAGGAGAGAGGGGAGAUAACAGAGCCGAAGGUGCUGAGAGGGGAAGUGAGGAGUUGACCCAGGUGGAGGAGCUCACAGCGGGUCAGCUUCUCUCAGCCUCAGGGGAACUGGAGAGUGAUUCUAGCUUUCAACACGUAGAGGACAAAGACGAAAUAUUUUAAAUUACUACACAAAUGAGCCAUUAGUCUGCACAAGGAGGACAGCAAAGAAAUAAUUCAUUUUGUACAAGGCUUUAAAACCUGUAAAAAAUGUAGGAGAAAUGUAAAAAUGUAAAUUUCUGGGUGAGAAAUUGCCUCACAGCGGUAGCUAGAAUGUGAGUUAUUUGUUUUCAGGAGUAGAAUUAGCCUAUAAAUUGUUCGAUUAAUAAGCUCAGCAAUAAGCACAAAGGAAUGCGAGGGUUUUAUUUUAAACACAAUGUGAUUUACCUCAGUGACUGCUUUAAAAAUAAGAUUUUAUGCUCUUGCCAACAAAUCAAAUAGAUUUUUGCUUUACACUGUAUUGUGAAAAAUAGGGCUGCACAGUGGACUAGUGGUUAGCACUUUCGCCUUGCAGCAAGAAGAUCCCUGGUUCGAGUCUUGGCCUGAGCCCGGGAUCUUUGUGCAUGGAGUUUGCAUGUUCUCCCUGUGCAUGUGUGGGUUUUCUCCGGGUACUCCGGCUUCCUCCCACAGUCCAAAAAUAUGCUGAGGUUAACUGAUGACUCUAAAUUGUCCGUAGGUGUGAAUGUGAGUGUGAUUGUUCGUCUGUAUAUGUAGCCCUGAGACAGACUGGCGACCUGUCCAGGGUGUCCUCUGACUUCGCCCAAGUCAGCUGGGAUAGGCUCCAGCACCCCCCGUGACCCUAGUGAGGAUAAAGCGGUGUAUAGAGAAUGGAUGGAUGUAUUGUGAAAAAUAAUUCUGCAUAUGUGGAGGUUGGGCAGUUGUCCUGUUGGACAUUAGAUGGUGCUGUUUCAGUACUUGUACUGCCGCUAGAAGAUGAGCUACAUGGACAUGCUUUCUGGUGACCUGAGGAAGUGCCUUGAGUGAAUAGACACAUUUAAAGCUUCUUGUUAAUCAAUAAAAGUCCCAUUUUUCUCAAAA